UCUCAUUCUCCACAACGCUGUGCAGUCCAGUCCUGUUUGGCUGUGUCACUGUGUGUGGCGCCGUGUAUGUGUAGCUAGGGCUAGUGGUGUAGCUAGCGCCUUGUACAAGCUAGGACUAGUGCUUCUCCAGUCCUCCUCUUCUCCCUCUACCUAGCUUGCUUCUGCUAUAAAGGGCGCCGGCGGAGGCAGGGUAUUCGAUAGGGAGGGAGGCGAGAUGACUCGAUCAAGGCCGACGACCACCAUGGGGGGAUCUGUGCCAGACCACCACCACCAGCAGCACGACGGGGAGGUGGACGGCGGGCAGCUGCAGCACGGCGGCGAGCACGUGGAGACGGUGAUGCCCGGGUUCCGUUUCCACCCGACGGAGGAGGAGCUGAUCGAGUUCUACCUCCGUCGCAAGGUGGACGGCAAGCGCUUCAACAUCGACCUCAUCGCCUCCGUCGACCUCUACCGCUACGACCCAUGGGAUCUCCCCGCACUGGCGUCGAUCGGGGACAAGGAGUGGUUCUUCUACGUGCCUCGGGACCGCAAGUACCGGAACGGCGACCGGCCGAACAGGGUGACGCCGUCGGGGUACUGGAAGGCCACGGGGGCGGACAGGAUGGUGAAAGUCGUGGAGGGAAACCGCUCCAUCGGCCUCAAGAAGACGCUCGUCUUCUACGUCGGCAAGGCACCCAAGGGCCUCCGCAGCAGCUGGAUCAUGAACGAGUACCGCCUGCCACACGGUGAAACCGAACGGUACCAAAAGGAAAUUUCGCUCUGCCGGGUCUAUAAACGCCCAGGGAUUGACGACAACUUCCACCUCACCGGCACAACAACAAGGUCGUCUGGCUCCAGGGCGGCGGCAACCAGGCACAGUACAGCAGCGCACCGGACGUCAGUGGCAACUCACCGCCAGCAGCCGCCAGUGUUUGUCGAGGGCGGCGGUCACCACUCAUCAUCUGCUCUCAAGGCGUACAACGCGCACACGACCCAAGGAACAAAUGCAGCCAGUGCCAUGACAUCACUGUCGGCGGCAGGGGCGACGCCGCCGGCGAUGUUCCGGUCGGCGGCCUCUGUAGCCUCGCUGAGCUCCACGACCUCGACAGAGGAGGAUGGCACGUCGCUCUACCACCACCACCUCAAAGGACACAACAACCCAGCAGUAAUGCAACUGCAUUCUUCCACGCACGCCACGCUGCUCAACACCAAUUCCUCGGCAAUGGCGACCAUCCCGAUCGACGAGCUGAGUCGGGCGAUUGGGUCCUACAGCCAAGCUUCAAACCCUAACCAGCCCACGGCGCCACUGCAAGGCCCAUUGCUUAACUUCCCUAGCUUGGAGAAGAUCUGGGACUGGAACCCUCUCCUGGAAUCUCCAAAGGUUUGCACAAGCUUCAAGUAACUUCUUAGUUGCAUGAAUGGAUCGGAUCAAUGCACUUAUCAUAUAUAUGCCUCCCAUUAUUUGUAUACUUAUGUAUACGUAGACAAUUAUCCGGGCUAGGACAAGGCUAUAUAUGUAAUGGAAUAGGUAACAAAUUAAGGCGGUUCUAGUCCCAUGCAAUUAAUUGGUGUAACACUGUCUGCAUUUCAAUUCCGAAUAAAGUUUAAUCAAAAUUAUAGAUA